AUGGCCAUUUCUCGUGGUGAAGAGAAUAAGGUAGUAAGACCUACGUUUAUCUCUGCAUCGCUUUUCCCACUGAAGAAUGUUGGCGAUUAUGAUCCAACUAUAUCUCUCCCAAAGAAGAACACAAACGUGGCAAAGUUGUUUGUGUUUGAUGCUCAUAAGGUUGAGGCUCUCAGAGACAAAUACGAGGAAAAAACCAGAGGAGAAAACCAUGCAAAGCCGAAGUGGUCGCGGCGGCUUUCUCGUGUUGAGGCGUUAUCUGCUUUCUUAUAUAGCCAAUAUGUGGUGGCGACUGGCUUAGAUGUUAAAAGGAAAAUAUGUCCUAUCUUUCACCCUGUUAAUAUUCGUCCCAGGUUUGAUAAGCCAUUGCCUGAAAACUCUUUCGGGAACUACUUUUAUGCUAACAUGACAUUGCCUUCCAUCAUCAGUAGUAACAAUACCGAGGAAGAUAAUGAGAACUCUUACGAGCUGGCAAGGCUGAUAGGAGAAGAGAUAAGAAAGACCGACAAGAAGUUUGUGGAAGAUCUUCAAGGUGUUGAGAAAUCAGAUGAGUACUUCGAAUCACUUAAGAGAGGUUCUGAGACAUUCGCCAGAGGAGAAGGGACUGCGCUUGCCUUCAGUAGUUUGUGUAGGUUUCCUCUGUAUGAUGCUGACUUUGGAUAUGGAAAGCCCAUUUGGGUGAGUUCUGCUGACAGAUGUUUCGGUAACAUAUUUGGCUUUCUAGACAACAAAAAAGGUGAUGAAAUAGAGGCUUAUGCUUGCUUCAGUCCAGAAGAAAUGGCCAAAUUUGAAGUUGAUAAAGAGUUCCUCUCUCUUUUGUCUCGUCAGAUUGAGUGA